AUGUUCCAACGCCUUGUCAACUUUUGGGUCCAAUCCUUCGUCACUGAGCGUCUUCUCGCUAGCAAGACUUUCAAUGCUGUAGCCGCCAAGACUCAUCAACAUGUCUCCACCAUUACUUCUAAGGGUCAACAAACCAGCAAUACUUUCAUGAAGGCCUUCAAAGAAAACUUGGAGAAGGAGCGUCUCAAUGCCAAGAAAUAG